CGCUCACGACACCAGAGUCAUGUUUGGAGUAGAUAACGGCCCUUAUUGUGCUUGUUGUGUGCUCAGGAGGGAAACUUCAAAUCUCUUGAAGCAGAGGAGUGGCCGUUCAUACAAACCCUUCAUUUGAUCACAGCGGAGCGGGACGGGCAGAGUAUAGGAGGAGAUGCUGGAGGUCACUGUUUAAUGUUUCCAGAGGACAGAGCUGUGAAGCAUUUCUCUUAUAGCUGCAGACACUCAUACCGGCCAGAAUAUUUGAAUGUGAGGUUAUUAAUAAGCACGGGACAUUUUUUUUUUUGCAGGAUAUAGUUAGGUAAACAAAAAAAUGAGCAACAAGCUGCAUGUGGACUCAGGUCUCAGCUUCCUCGAUGAUCACGACAAGUGGAAACUUUCUCCUCCCAGCAUAUCAGACGUGAGACCCCAGUACAUUCACCAUGUGAUGCUGAAGCCCCCACCUGAGGUCCACCCAUCUGUCCCUAAAGGCAAAGAUGUGAAGCGGCGCUGUGUGAAGUUCACUGUGGCUGCUGUGAUCUCCCUGCUGCUCCUCCUGCUGCUGGCCGGAAUCCUCCUCGGUUAUUACUAUUCCUCAUCCUGCAUGCACGGGAGGCAAUGCGGGGAUGUGGGGUGUGUGUGGGAGUCCCAGUGGUGUGACGGGGUGAAGGACUGUCCUGCUGGCGAGGACGAAGCCAACUGCGUGAGGCUGCAAGGCUCCAGUUUCCUGCUUCAGAUCUACUCCAGUCGGACUCGAGACUGGAGGGCCGUCUGCUCCCACGGCUGGACCGACCAGCAGGGGAGAGCGAGCUGUCAGGGCAUCGGAUUCACCAGGAGCACGUACUUUAAAUCAGGCCAGCAGAAGAAGACUGAGUCAGAUGGCGGAUUCUUAGCGGUGAAGUCUGAUUUCAACCCUGAGGCAUCCAUUCUGACGCAGCUUGACCUCAGCGAUUCAUGUGCUAACGACAGCGUGGUGACGCUGCAGUGUACAGACUGCCGGGGCGGGGUGAACUCGACCAUGGCCUCCGGGGACCACAUGGCCUAUCUGGGCUCCUGGCCUUGGCAGGUCAGCCUCCAAGUUGCCGGCUUUCACCGCUGCGGAGGAGCCAUCAUCUCCCCCCACUGGAUAGUAACAGCAGCGCACUGCGUAUCUCUGGACUCCAAACCUAGACACUGGUCAGUGUAUGCCGGGACGGUGACUCCGUUAAACACUCUGUUCGAGCCUGCUUACUCUGUGAGCAGCAUUAUUGCACACGAGGGCUACGACAACAACACGCGCGAGAAUGACAUCGCUCUUGUGAGGCUCUCAAAACCUCUGGAUGUCACAGCUUCCAAUAAUAUCAAGCCAGUGUGCCUCCCAAACGUUGGCCUCAACGUCACCUCUUUUCAAACGUACUGGAUAACACGGUUUAGUCUAAAAGACAAUACCUCUCUGCACCUGACGGAGGCCCAGGUCUCCAUCGUAGACACCGCAACGUGCAACUCUUCCAUGGGUUACAGUGGCAAGAUAUCACACGACAUGUUUUGCACCAAAGCGAUGGAUGCGGGAGACAGCAUGUGCCAUACCGACAGUGGCGGCCCUCUGGUGUCCAUGAAGGAUGGAGUGUGGUGGCUCCUCGGUAGCGAUAUUUGGGAGGAGCACUGCACUGGGCCGGACAAACCAGGCGUUUACCAAAACGUCCCAUCCGCCCUGGACUGGAUCCACCGUCAGAUGAAGAAACAUCAAGAUGACUGAUGAGAGGACGGAAGCUGAACAAUAUGAGAUAAAUGUGUGUGGUAUCUAACUUAUUCCCUACAUGACAUGACUGCUGUUUAUUUUUCUUUUUUUUUUUUUUUCAUAAUUUGUGUCUGCGUUUUGCUAACUGAGCAGCAGCACAGUCCAGAUUUAAGCUGAAAUGACGUCUUCCUAUUGUCCUGUUUUUGUUUCGACAUGGCUACUGAAUGUGUUUAAUUCACUUGUACAUACGCAGCAUAUGAUUAAAGACUUCUUUGUAAUUAACAGUGACAGUUCAUUUGAGCGAUUCAGUGAAGUGCACCAACUAGGUUGGUUUGAGGUUUCUUGAAGACAUUUCGCCAUCAUCCAAGUAGCUUCUUCAGUUCUAAAGGACUGGUGGGGAGUUUGGGUCGAAACGGGAACAUCUGUGGGUGGUUCCCACCUGAAACACUAGAGUCUGUAAAAUAAAAAACUUAUUGGAGGAAUUUGUUUUGGGGACAGACGUUAAGACUGUGUUGAAAAGUGCUCAAAUUAUAUCUCAACCCACGUCCCCUGUUCAGAGGCGGGUUUCCCACUGUGACGUGAAUGACUUCCUUUACUUCUCAUCCGUCUCUGAAGCAAAAUCCUCAAAAGAGUGUCCCUUGUCCUUCAGGCGUAGGUGGACAGCUGAAUCCUGGCCGGAAGGGCGGUCCAGGAUUCAGCUGUCCACCUUCACAGACAUGUGUCAACACAGCACGUCGCUCAGGUAGGUCCCGCGCGCUCACCAAAUAUUUAUUCGUAUAAAACGCCUCUGAUUUGUCACAGGUCCUUUUAUUUACAGCACGAGUAGAAAUUUGGCACAGAACAAAUAAACUUAUAAAUAGGUGAACAUUCAAAGAUUCAAGUGUACCUUUAAUUUAACUAUUUUACAAGUUUAAAUUUUGGCAGACAUAUUAGUGCAGCUUGGGUCAUUCUUCUCAAAGCAAAAUAACAGACUGAUUGUGCUGCGCAGUAAAAACGGCACCAGUAACAUAUAUAUAUAUAUAUAUUUUAUUGCCGACAGAUCAGUCAGCUUUGCUAGAAAGUUAGCUGUAGUAUAAAGACACCCAGAAGGUGUUUGUGUCAGUUUCAGAAAUCCUUUGGCUUCUAAUUUAGUGAUUGAUUGGUAUAAAACGUGCAGCGUAAACUCCCCAGAACAUUAAGUCU